AAAGAGAAGCUUGGAGACAACCUUGAAGAGGACAACGACGAUGUAGAAUCAACAAAUUUUCUCGAAGUUGACGACAAAGAAGAGGAGGAUCACAGCGCCAGUGAUGAAACCACAACACGUCACGCGGUCAAGUAUUCAAAUGUAGAAACUGUGAUUUCAGUGCAUCCAGGAAAAUCGCUUUAAAAAUUCAUUGGGAAACAGUUCAUGUCGGUGAAGAUACCCGUCAAAAAUUGGCGGCCGAAAACAGUCGCGAUGACCUCGAAACGGUCGCCGGUAAAAAAGGCUUAUCCACCAGACAAUAUUUCAAGUGCACACUUUGCGGCAAACGCUACCAGUCAUUAAACAGUUUAAACAGACAUAUACCUAUUUGCAAAAGAACUUCUGUCAUCGAAUUAUUUGUGCCAAACUUGGAGCACGAUAAAGACAAAGACGGUGUUGUAGAAUUUGUCGAUGUUGGUGCUCUCGACGUAGAAGUGGUGGUGGGGGUAGUAGAAGGAGAGGGUAAAGGAGAAGAAGUGGAUUUAGGUUUAGGAAAAGAUCCAGAGAAAACAGGUUGCGGUGAAAGAUUUGAGUGUAGUACGUGUCGGAAAAAGUUCAAAUUGAGGAUACAACUGGUAAAGCAUGAGAGGUCUUGUCAUAGAGAAGAGGUUGCAAUAGAAAGCAGAGAGAAGAGACAAACAGCGGGAGAAGAUGAACAAGCUUUGAUAGCCAAACAUAUAGAAUAUGUCAAGAUAAACUCACACUGUUGUAGGCACUGUAACUUCCGCUCGUCCGAAAGAGAGGAUAUCGUUCAACACAACAAGACAAGCGAUUGUAAGAAAAUUGCACCCGCAGUUGAGGGAGUGUAUGCAUGUAGAAAGUGUGAUUUCAGUUCGCGUAGUAGGGAAGAUCUAGAGGAACACUUGUUGGUCAACUUUUGCAAGCGGUUUGCGUGCGUCGUGUGCGGCUCGCGAUUCAGGAAACGUGUGCAGCUGAUCAUUCACUACGGUUAUCACACGGGUGUCGAGUACAAGUGCCCGGUUUGUGAUAAGGGUUUCUACAAGCUGGACAGCAUGAAAGUCCACCAGAGACUGCACACGGGUGAAAAGCCGCACCAGUGUGAGUUGUGCCAGAAACGAUUCGCAACUAGUUCGCUUCUGCGAGUGCAUGAACGGAUCCACACCGGGUACAAGCCGUACGAGUGCGCCUACUGCGAUCGAUCGUUUACUGGCAAAACUAGCCGGGACCGUCACCAGAGGAUUCACACCGGGGAGAAGCCGUUCGCGUGUAAAUAUUGCGGCAAACCGUACUCGGAAAACAGUUAUUGUGUGAGGCAUGAGCGGAAAUGCAAUGCGACCCAUCCUUACGAACACAAACAAGGUGGGCGUGUCUCGAAUCAGGUGAAUGUUCCAGUCAGAAAGGAAUUAAACGAGCAAUGUGGGCGUGUUUUGAAUCCUUCAAAUGUUCCAAUCAGGAAAGAAGUGAAUAAUCAAGGAGGGCGUGUUUUGAAUCGGUUAAAUGCUCCAGUAAGGAAUCAAGUUGUAAGUAACGUUAGAGAUGUGCGUAAGGAAAGAGGUGGAGAUACAGCUGAAUCAACUAGCAACGAAUUGGAACUGCAACAUUCUGAUGAUGUCAAGCUUGUACCAGAAAUCGAGGAACUGUUCAAAUGUAUAUCAUGUUUUGAAGAGUUCAACACCCUAGCCCAACUGGUUGACCAUGAGAGAGAUGAACACUACAAAUGUAAAACUUGUGGCAAAUCAUACUCCGAUAUGGAGUUUCUGUUGCUUCAUGAAAAACUACACCCUUUUGUAAGAGAUACUGACAAAUUACACCCUUUUGUAACAGAUGAUGACGAAUUUGAAACAAGCUCUGUGCCCGACAACCCGUUCCCUGAUGAAGAAGAAUUUGAAACGAGUUUUGUGACCGACAACCCGUUCCCUGAUGAAGAAUUUGAAACAAGUUCUGUGCCCGACAAACCGUUACCUAAUGGAGAUCGUUUGUCGCAGUCAAUUCCGAAAAACGGAGAGAGAAAAAAUUGUAAGGACUCGAGUCAAAAUCGAAUCGAAUGCAACACGUGUAAGCGAAUGUUUAGUGAUAUGAGUAUUCUGGCGCGUCAUCAGUUGAGUCACUUUCGGGUGCUCGUUGAGAUGUGUGGUACAGAUCUUAUUGAUGGAGAGGAUAGCGUACAGGUUAAGGAGGAAACUAUAAGUAACCUGAUAUUGAGCUUCAUGAUAUUGAUAUUGAUAUAUCUAUGAAUGAUGAUGAUAUUGAUGUUAGUGCCUCACCUGUCAAGGAAUUUGCUAGAUUGACUAAGUGUAAGCAGUUGAAAAGUGAUGAGAAACUCCGUUCAAAACAGCCAGGAAGCAAUGAAAACUCCGGGAAAGAAAAACUCACUAAAGUUGAUGAAAAAACAUAUCAAGAUGGGGAAGAAGAUGUUUAUAGUGAGGAGGAGUUUGAUGAUGAGGACCAUGAUAUAGAUUACGUCUUUGAUAGUGCCGAAGAUUCUGAAGGAGAUGGGGAUCAUAAGAAAGAUGAGAGUACAUCCUCCACGCCCAAGAAACAGAAAAGUGAAAAAUCUGAACCAACGUUCAAAUGUCAACUGUGCAAAAAGGAUCUGACCAGAUUGCAGAUUAUAGAAGGCCACGAAUGUAGUAAGUUCGUGUGUAAAACAUGCGGAAAACAGUUUGCUCACAAAUCACAUCUUAGAAGACAUGUGAUCACACACUCACGCGAAAAGCCUUACAAGUGUGGCCUGUGUGAUAAGGCCUAUUUUCGCGCGGAUAUGUUGGUCGAUCAUUGCAGGACACAUCCCGGCUACAAGCCGCACCAGUGUGCCAUUUGCAAGAAAUGUUUCACCAUCAAAAAGCUGCUUCAUGAGCAUCUGAAGGACGAUCAUUCAAAGGUUAGAAAUCUGGGUGAAUACUGUGUGAAUACUAAUAGUAUGUCUCCAGGUGACACAGGUAAGAGUAAUUGCUCUAAUCCUCGCAAAAACGUGGAUAAUGAAGAGGAAGAAAGAACUGAAGAAAGAGAGAAAAUAGAAGAAGAAGGUGAGAUAGACGGAGAACAUGAAGAACUAGAGAGAAUAGAAGAAGAGAUAAUAGAAAAAGAAAGUGAGAUCAUUAAAGACGGAGAACAUAAAGAACUAGAGAGAAUAGAAAAAGAAGAAGAAGAAGAGAUAAUAGAAAAAGAAAGUGAGAUCAUUAAAGACGGAGAACAUGAAGAACUAGAGAGAAUAGAAGAAGAAGAAGAAGAAGAAGAGAAAGUAGAACAACAAGAAGAAGAGAUAAUAGAAAAAGGAUGUGAGAUAAUUGGAAACGGAGAGCAUAAAGAACUAGAGAGAAUAGAAGAAGAGAAAGUAGAACAAGAAGAGGAGAUUAUAGGAAAAGAAUCUGUCAUAAUUAUUGGAAGAGGAGAACAUAAAGGACAAGAUGAAGAAGAAGAAAAUAGAGAAGCAAAUGAUGAUGAUGAUGAUAGAGACAUGGAUUUUAAUGUGGAAGAGCAUUCUAAUGAUGAUGAAGAUUAUGAAUGCUGUGAUGAAGAAGGAAAUGAUGAAGUUGAUAAGUUUAUGGAACAACUAUUUGAUGAAGGGUUUGCAAAGCAGAAAAAUAGUGAUGACGAUGUUGACAAAGGGUCUGGAAAGCAGGAAAAUGAUGAUGAUGAUGAUGAUAAAAUAUCGGAAGGAAACGAGCUGGUUGUAAAGCAUGAAGCUGGACAACUGACAGAUGAGGAGAAUGAGAUGGACGGCUUGUUAGAAUCUCUCAGUAAAAAUGUGAAAGUGGAAAUCUACGUAGAUGGCUAUAAAAAACGGCGUAAAAAGCUUCAUAAAUGCUCUUCAUGCAGUUACAUCACGGAUGCAAAGCAAUCGUUAGUGAUACACGAACGAAAACACACUGGAGAGAGACCGUACCAAUGUAAAAUCUGCCUUAAAUGGUACGUAAGCCCGUCGAUCCUGGCCCAACACGAGCGAAAGCAUAACGGUGAGAAGCCGUUUGUCUGUGAUAUCUGUGGCAGGGCUUUCGCUGAGAAAGGAGGCAUGAAACGACACAUUAGGACCCUGCACAACAUGGAGCGCCCGUUCCGCUGUGACUACAAUUGCGGCAAAGUGUUCGCGUCCAAGAGGAGCAUGGAGAGACAUGUGCGUAGCAGUCACACGGGCGAACGGCCCUAUGCCUGUACAUUGUGUCCGAAACGGUUCGCUGAUCGCAGCAAUCACCGACGCCACAUAAAACGCCACGAACCCAAACCGGUUGUAGAAGACAGUGACGAGGGCGAGGCAGUUGUUGACAGUGUUGUCGUCAAUAAAGUGUCGACCAGGAGGGAAGCGAGAGAGGUGAAACCUGAUAAAGCGAUCGUGAUCAGUAACAACGAAACGGUGGCCGUGGAACGACACACGACGCAGAACUACUCGUGUCGUGUGUGUACGUUCAGUGAUGCCAGCAUGGAAGUGGUGGAGGAACACCAGAAAACGCACCGAGUGUUCAAGUGUAGAUCGUGUGGGAUGAGGUUCACCGAUAAGCAGCAUCUCUUGGAACAUAAAAGGCGUGAACAUUUAGAGGAGAAACCAUUCAUAUGUGGUGUUUGUGGUAAGGCGUUUAAACGGCGUGAUGUGAUGCAAAGACACGAGAAAUUACACUCAAGUACGGAUCGGUUCGAAUGUUCCUACUGUGGGAAACAGUUUGCGACGAGACCGUCCCUGAUAACCCAUGAGAAGAAACACUCAGGGUGA